AAUAAAAGACAAAGAGAUGUAUCGAUCAAUUAUGCCAUUUGGAAAGAAUAUAAAACAAAAGUUCCCGUCUGCCAUGCUUCAUUCCUGAGCAUUUUCUGUGUCAAGAAAGACAGAGUUCAAAGUAUUGCAAAGUACUGGCUUGAGAACGGCAAAGCACGUCCCGAAAAUCGUGGUGGUCCCAGGGAAACUGAAGAGCAAACUGCAAAAAAGGACAUAGUUCGAAAGCACAUACAGUCGCACAUACAGUCUUUUUUAAUUGUAGAGCAAGCCACUAUGCCCGCCGUGGUGCACCUGGGAGAAAGUUCCUGCCGGGUGACUUGAGUGUGGCAAAAAUGCAUCAGAUGUUUCUUGAGCAGAAUCAUCAACAAGUUUCCUACUGGAGCAUCUUUGUGAAUGACUUCAACCUGGCUUUUGGUCAUCCUGCCAAAGAUGUGUGCUCUUCGUGUGUCAAAUUCCGCAUUGCAAUAAAUGAUCCUGAUCUGACUGCAGAAUUCUUUACACACUUCACCGUCGCCGAGCUUGUCAGUUUUAUGACACAUUUAAUGACGAGGAUGAUACAUUCACUGUCUGCUUUGACAUAAUGGAGAACCUGGUCCUUCCUAGGUCUGCCAUCUGUCAAACGUAUUACUCACAGCAGGUAUACUUUUAUGUAUUCGGUGUGGUCCGUCACCAUGGCAGAGGAGAACCCCAGAGUCAGCAUGAGAUAAAUCUGUACACCUGGCUGGAAUAUGAGAACUCAAAGGAUAGCAACAUUGUCGCCUCAGCUCUACAUCACUACUUCAGCUCAGUGGCUAGUGUUGAUCUGCGCCAGUGUCAGAGCCUCCGCCUGUUCUCAGACUCUUGCUACGGCCAGAAUAAAAACAUUAAUGUUCUGUCAAUGUUGUUUGCCAUGCGUUCUCAGCUGUACCCUCAGCUCAACAUCACUUACUUCUUUCCUAUACAAGGGCAAAGUUUCCUUCCGCCUGACAGAGUGUUUGGAAGGAUUGAGCAAGAGAUCCAGAAGCAUACAACUAUUCUGUUGCUGGAAGAGUAUAACAACAUUUUGCAAAAGCAUGACACUGUCUAUCAAUAUGGAAAGGACUGGCAGUGCUAUGACUUCAAAGAAGCAGCAGCUAGGUUCACAACAACACAGAGAUCAUUCAAAAUAAGUGAAGCAAGAGUGCUGCAAAUCUCUGGAGAUAAGCUGGGGCCUAAGCCUGCGUUUGCUGGUGAAUUUUGCCAGCACUCUUUGCUGAAGCGGGGUAAGAAGUGGUUUCAGUUCAAGCCGGCUCUUCUUCCGGAUGUGAACUGCAUCAAGGAAGCAAACAGGACUGUUGUCUUAAAGCUGCUGGGUGAGUUGGGAACACCAAAAGCUGUACAAGAGUUCUAUGAAAACACCCUGGCAAGUUAUGGUGGCAAGGACAUUGAAAAAGACCUUGAGGAUGAAUGAAUGAAUGACAGCAUCUAAAAGUGUCUGAGAGAUGUCCUCUUUUUGCACAGUACUGUCUGUGUUUUAUUUGCUUGUGUAAGCUAUUGUAAGAUAUUUGUAAUUCACAAAGUGGUCAAGUCCUAUUGUUAUUUAUUGUUAUCUUAAUGUCGCUUUACAUUUAAUGAAUUAUAUUAUUAUUUAUUACAUUAAAUUAUUAAUUUACACUACUUAAGUCUUAUAAGCUUCUUAUACAAAAUGCACAGAUAUUGAUGUUUAAGAAUGUUGCUCUGUUCUACUUGAUUAUACAAUAAACUAUUUGAAUCGGAUAAGCUUUUUUAUACUAGUUGCACAUAGCACGUUAUGCUAUUGGUGGGCAUUGGAAAUAUUUAUGUUUUUAUUUAGACUGUUAUUUUACACUUCAAAAAAAAGAAAAUUACAACAUGAAAGAAGAUAACACUACACAAUUAUAAAGCAGAAAUCUAUGAAUUCCAAAGGUGUAACUUUAUUUAAAAGAUUUUAAAUAAUGCAAUAAAAAGACCAUUUACCAAGUUAAUGGCUGCGUCUGAAGUCUUCUUGCUUUGUGGAAGCUGUUUUAGUCCACACAACCCACAGAAGUCAUCUUUUGAAUCUAUAAUACAAUUUUUAAAAAAUCAUACCGGAGUAAUGUACAAAUUGUUUGUUUACAUCACCUGAGGCUGAAAGCAAGAAUGCAGCCAUUUCUUUUCUGGUUUUGGAUGGAUUUAUGUCAACGGCAUCAGGAAUUUCUGGGAAUUGUAAAACUGUUUGGUUUGCCAUCUAUAGGAUUUAAGAAAUAAACAUUAAAACGUUAAAAAAAAUGCAGUACAUACAGCACAUAAACAACUUCUAACAAAGGAAUUUCUUAACAGUUAAGCAAAAAGUUUCCUUCGCUUCCCUUCCCUUCAUAAUACCUCCAUCACAAACACCCCACAACUGGUGCCAUCCUUUUGGAAUGUGUGGGUUAUUCAGCCAGUCUGCCAUUUAAUCCCUGUCCAUUCCUCUUUUCCAAGCCUGUUUCGUCUCAUUUUGAAGUAUUCUCUAAAAAGAAAAAGAAAAAACAGAUUCAUAAAUACUGGUCAUAGCCAUAAUCAUUCAAUACCAUUUGAAAUGUAACGUGAUGCAUUACUGGAAUUUCUGGGCAGCUUGUCUUGAAAUUUCAAGGUCAUCUCUCAUAGGAUCCAUGACAAAUAUUUUUCCAGACAAGGUAUGAAGUUACUGGCCAGAAAAGGAAAACAAAAUAUGUUAAUAUGACAUUGUUUUAGUAUUUAAAAUUGAUUGUGUGUGUGAACAAUGGUUAAUCAAUAAUAAAGGUAUAAGUGAAUGCAUGCUUUCAUUCAUACAGAUUUCAAAUCUAAUACUGUGCAUAGUCUUAUGUUUAAUACUCACCACAAAUUGCCAGUGAUUCCUGAUUGGAAAUUGAUCCAUCAUAAGAUUCGAAGUUCACCUGUGAAAACAUACACUAAUUAAGCACCUUGCACUACUGUACACUUUUAAAAAAAACAUUGCAGUGCACACUUACGGUGCAGUGUAAUAACCCAUUUAAAUUAAAAAUUACUGCCAUGUUUAAGAAAAUUUCAAUGUGAAAUGAACUCACCUUUGACAAACCCUGUCAAGCCAUCUGAUGAAUAGUGCCGUGCAGAAUUACGUCUGUCACAUAGUGAUUCAGUAGGAACAGAUGUGCAGUCUUCUUGUGUUUCUGUAGCACUGGCCACAUGUAACAUUCCAUGGCCUGAAGCAUUACAUUAACAAAAGUAACAAAAAAGUUUAUAUAAACUGAGAAGCUAUAACCAUCAAAUUUACAGAUUUUUUAAUCCACAGAAUGUUCAAAUUAGCCUUUAUUUAAAUUCCACAUUGUCAAAAAUUAAUUUAUUCUUUCCUUCCUUUAUUUCUUCCUGGUUACCUCUUACUCCUAUGACCCAGAGGUUAUGACCUGGAUGUUGUGGUAUUAACUGUCAACUCUUGAAAAGUUUCUACUGUCACAGACCUACCUUGCCAUUUAACAGUUCGUGGGGCCUUAGUGUUGUGAAGUCUGCAUGUCUCAGAGUGUAUGUUGCUUUGAACACUGACACGACCAUCUCCGUUUCUGGACAU